AAAAUGUCCAAUAGCAGUUCCAUCUUUGAGUUCCUCCUCCUGGCAUUCGCAGACACACGGGAGCUGCAGCUCUUGCACUUCUGGCUCUUCCUGGGCAUCUACCUGGCUGCCCUCCUGGGCAACGGCCUCAUCAUCACCGCCAUAGCCUGUGACCACCGCCUCCACACCCCCAUGUACUUCUUCCUUCUCAACCUCUCCCUCCUCGACCUGGGCUGCAUCUCUACCACUGUCCCCAAAUCAAUGGCCAAUUCCUUGUGGGACACCAGGGCCAUCUCCUACGCAGGAUGUGCUGCCCAAGUAUUUCUGUUUGUCUUUUUGAUGUCAGCAGAGUAUUGUCUUCUUACUGUCAUGGCCUAUGACCGCUACGUUGCCAUCUGCAAACCCCUGCACUACGGGACCCUCCUGGGCAGCAGAGCUUGUGUCCACAUGGCAGCAGCUGCCUGGGGCUGUGGCUUUCUAUAUUCUCUCCUGCACACAACUACUACAUUUUCCAUACCUCUCUGCCAUGGCAAUGCAGUGGACCAGUUCUUCUGUGAAAUCCCCCAGAUCCUCAAGCUCGCCUGCUCAGAUGCCUACCUCAGGGAGGUUGGGGUUAUUGUUGUCAGUGUCUUUGUGAUUCUUGGAUGUUUUGUGUUCAUUGUGCUGUCCUAUGUGCAGAUCUUCAGGGCUGUGUUGAGGAUCCCAUCUGAGCAGGGACGGCACAAAGCCUUUUCCAUGUGCCUUCCUCACCUGGCUGUGGUCUCCCUAUUUCUCAGCACUGUAGUGUUCGCCUACCUGAAGCCCCUCUCCAUCUCUUCCCCAUUCCUGGACCUGGUGGUGGCGGUGCUGUACUCAGAGGUGCCUCCAGCAGUGAACCCCCUCAUCUAUAGCAUGAGGAACCAGGAGCUCCAGGAUGCUGUGUGGAAACUGAUGACUGGGUGGUUUUCUGAACCAACAAAAUUAUUCUACGCAGCAGCUAUAAUGUAA